CGCGAUAAAUAAACAGCGCACGCACACACAGGCGCACGCAUCGGGUUCGGGUUGGGCCCGUUUGGUGCCUGCGGCCCGUCAGCCAGCGUCACAGUACCGCGUUGACUGUUUGCGUCGAAGAAGCGUACGGUUGCCGUUAAAUUCGCUGCGCAGCGUCGGCCGGUUUGGAACGCCAAUCGAACAGCAAUCGAGCUCGGCCGGUGACGGUGUGCGUGAGCUCGGGUCGGAUCGAUUGUUUACAUCGAUUUAGGGUGUGCGCGGGAGGGAUUCCAUUACCCGCAAAUUCCCCCCCCCCACCGGGCAGCUGUGUUUGCACGCGCGCCUCUCUGUCUGUGUGCGUGUGUGUGUGUGCUUGUGGAGGGUCGUUUGGUGGUACACGGACGACCUUGCGUGGAGCAGCAGCAGCAGCAGCAGCAGCAGCAGCAUCGGCCAAACCGAACUGUCAAGCCUGUCAGGGUUAAGUUCCGCAGGUGACAGUUCGGCAGGAACGGCAACAGCUACCAGGAGCGAUGAUCGGCGCAGAUGAUCGGCAGCGGCGGGUCACGCUGGCCCUGCUGGCGGUGCUGGGCGGGCACGUACUGCUGCUGGCCGCCGACCAGAUCCUGCUCGAGGACGACCCGAUGCUGUACGAGGGUGACGCGUGCGAGCUGCGGAACGGCACGGCCGGUCUCUGCCGGCCGGCGAACCAGUGCGAGUGGGCGCAGGAGCGCCCGUGGCCACUGCACGAGCUGGUCACCUGCUCGUUCAACCAGUCGCUCCCGAUCGUCUGCUGCCCGGUGCGGCUCGAGCCCCGCCUCCAGGGCGGCACGGUGGCGAAGCGCAUCAGCGUCCGCCAGUGCGAGCAGUUCCCGAACGGGACCGGGCUGGCCGACCACAUCUUCAACGGGGUGGCGGCCCAGUUCGGCGAGUUCCCGUACAUGGCGGCGCUCGGGUACGGCGCACCGAACGGGACGGAGGCCGGCCUGCCCUCCCUGUUCCGCUGCGGGGCCUCGCUCAUCUCGUCCCGGUUUCUGCUGACGGCUGCGCACUGCUUGCGCGAGCGGCCCGUCUUCGCCCGGCUCGGCGUGCUCGAGCUGCAGCCGGCCCGGACCGUCGACGAGCCGCUGGACAUUGCGAUCCGGCAGGCGACCCCGCACCCGGACUACCAUGCCGUCACGUACCAGAACGAUAUCGCGCUGCUCGAGCUGGCGGAACCGGUCACCGGCGACUGGCCGUUCGUCGAGCCGGUCUGCCUGUACACGAACGCGACCGGCGGCGGGCUGGAGGCGCUGGCCGGCCAGCCGCUCUCGGUGCAGGGCUGGGGCACGCAGCAGCCGGGCGACACCGAACCGGCCGCCCGCCUGAUGAAGGCGAACGUCAGCCUGGUGGAGCGGGACGCUUGCGCCGCCAGCAUACCGCGGACGCGCCGCAACCCGACCGGCCUGCAUCCCGGCCAGCUGUGUGCGCUCGGGCGCAACGAGCAGAACGAAACGGUGGCCGACACCUGUCCGGGCGAUUCGGGCGGCCCGCUGGCGCUGAACGUGGACGGGCGCCACUAUCUGGUCGGCAUCACGUCCAGCGGCUACUCGUGCGGGUCGCCCAUCCCGGGCAUCUACACCGAGGUGGCGCGCUACCUCGACUGGGUCGAAUCGAUCGUAUGGCCGGACGGCUGACCGUCGUCGCAUUGCACAUCACCGCAAAAACAUGCCCAAACUAAAGGCAAGAUUCAGCUAGGGUGUAUUGUACUCGUUUGUAAUAAAAAAAAAAUUACUCAUAAUUGAAGCUACCAA